AUGCCCCAGCGAUUCGAUUGCGAUUGUAAAGAUUGCCUUAGGACCCUGAACCACUUCAUUCAGCUGGCUUUAUAUAAAUUACAGGCUACGGAGGAUACAAGAGAAAUGAUAUUAUCACUUAAGGCCAAAAUUGGCCUCGGUGUUUUACUUUCUUACACCUCUUUUGAAUUGUAUAUGCAAAUUCGAACACAGAGUGUAAUCACCAAGAGAAAGCAAGAGUUCAAGAAACUAAAAGAAUCUUCCCUUUCUGGGACAGCUUUGGAUGUGGAUUAUGUCAAAUUCAAGUCAGCAACAGUUGCAGGCAUGUUUGUGAAUCCAUUUGACGAGUAUAGACCACAGACUGCCUUCGAAUUCCUCUUGGUUCGUAUCUUGGAAGCCUUUGAAAGCAUCUACGCCAACCUGUUCGAGUUGCACAAUAAGAUCCCAGGCGAUGCUGGAGAAGGAGGUAAAGAUAUAGAAGAUGUUUUGAAGCUGCAUAAGCCGGACUUGGCAAUUUUGAGACAGAACUCAUUAAUCUUGCAGAAAUGCUUGGAGUUGAACGACUUUCGUCAGUUGAGCGAGCCAUCUACGUCGUCGUUCUUCCAACGGUUACCAAAGCUUCGUGACCAGUUGAUUUUCACGUGGUUGGGCCAAUCUUGUUCCUUAGUGCAAGUCAGCGGAAUAAAUAUCUUGACAGAUCCAAUUCUUAGUAAUCAUUUAAUAAGUCCUUCCAUUGGACCCAAGAGGUUGGUCCCCGCCCCUCUUACAUUGGAAGACAUAAAUUACGCAACCAAUAACAAAGUCGACUUUGUUUUUGUUUCUCACGAUCACCCAGAUCAUUUGGAAUUGGAUCUCGUCAAGAAAAUAGGCAAUAAGACUACGUGGAUUGUCCCUCUCGGACUCAAGAAGAAAUUGAAUAGAAAAGGUAUCUACAACGUCAUUGAAAUGGACUGGUGGGAUACGCUACCACUCAAUGAGUAUAUCAAGUCUAAUAGUGGUGUGCCAACGGCCCUAGCUGACAAGUAUGAAGUGGUGUGUCUUCCUGCUAUGCAUUGGUCAGGACGUUACAUCAUAGACUCCAACAAAUCGUUGUGGUGCUCCUUCGUUAUCAGACGUAAUGGAGAGUCCUUGGUGUACCAUGCGGGAGACACUGGGUACCUGAAAGAGUUGUUCCAAACUAUAGGUGAAAUAUUUGGACCCUUGAAACUUGCAUUGCUUCCAAUUGGUCAGUACUGCCCCUCGUGGCACCAGAAGCCUAGGCACAUUUCCCCAGAGGAAUCUAUAAAGAUCGCACAACACCUCAGACUGGAAAGUGUCAUGGGGGUACACUGGGGAACAUUUAAGAUCAGCAGUGAGCCGAUUUUGGAACCAAAAAUCUUGCUUGAAGAGAUAGCCAAAGACCAAGGCAAACCAGAGCAUUACUUAGCACCCAAAUUAGGGAUGACAUACUUGUAUGAUUUGAGUAACCAGAAGCCAGCAAAAGAAAGUAGUGUCAACUAG